AUGGAGAAAGGCAAGUCCAUCCGUGAGCUGAUGGAAGAGAAUGGUGUAUUGGAGGGUUUUCUGAGGAACAACGAGAAAGCUGAUCCAGCUUCCAAGUACCAUUUCAACAAGGAUGCUGUAGCUUAUGAACCUAUCGGUAACUACCUGAAUGCUUUCUACCUCGGGGAAACCAGCUUCGGCACUCCUCCUCAGGACUUCCUGGUCCUCUGUGACACCGGCUCCUCCAACCUGUGGGUGCUCUCCACCUGCUGCCGGACCCAGGCCUGCCCCAAUCACAAUAGGUUCAGCCCCAGCCAGUCGUCCACCUUCAGCACCGGAGGGCAGACGUACACGCUGUCCUACGGAAGCGAUAACCUGACUGUGCCGCUGGGCUACGACACCGUGACCGUUCAAAACACUGUUGUGUGUAACCAGGAGUUUGGCCUGAGUGAGAACGAGCCCAUCAGGCCUUUCUACUGUUCUGACUUUGAUGGGAUUUUGGGCAUGGCUUACCCAGCAAUGGCUGUAGGCAGUUCUCCAACAGUGAUGCAGGGGAUACUGCAGCAGGGACAGCUCUCCGAACCCAUCUUCAGCUUCUACUUCUCCGGUCAACCAACUCAGCAGUAUGCAGGGGAGCUCAUCCUCGGAGGUGUGGACCCUCAGCUCUACUCUGGGCAGAACACCUGGACCCCUGUGACUCAGGAAGUUUACUGGCAGUUUGGCAUUGAGGAGUUUGCGAUGGGUAACCAGGCCACUGGCUGGUGUUCCCAGGGCUGCCAGGCCAUUGUGGAUACAGGAAUCUUCCUUCUGGCUGUUCCUCAGCAGUACAUGAAUUCCUUCCUGCAAGCAACAGGAGCCCAGCAGGCUCAGAAUGGUGAUUUUGUGGUCAACUGCAACUACAUCCAGGGUGUGCCCACCAUCACUUUUGUCAUCAACGGGUCCCAGGUCCCUCUGCCUCCCUCUGCCUAUGUCUUCAGUAACAAUGGCUACUACCGGCUGGGGAUCAAGGCCACCUCUCUGCCCUCCACCAGUGGGCAGCCUCUGUGGAUUCUAGGUGAUGUCUUCCUCAAGGAAUACUAUUCUGUUUAUGACAUCGCCAACAACAGGGUUGGCUUUGCCUAUUCUGCCUAGACUAGAGGCCGGCUAGCCUCCUUUCUCUCCGUCUCCUCUCAGGCUGCCUAUGGAGACCGUCUGAAGUUUGCCCAGACCAGUCAUGUUCCUCUCAAUGGUUUUGAAUGUAACGUUCUCUUACCUCAUGUAAUAAGAUGUAAAACUUUCAAUAAC